AAAUACAUAUGAUCCNUAAUAAAUAAAAUUUCUUCGUACUCUCAAGUCUCAAACAAUGUCAAUGAAUCUCCGCCCUCCUUCCUUCCGUUCCCUCGCCGCCGCCUCCUCCGCCGCCAUGUAUUCUCGUCCCCAUUUCACGGGAGCACGCCCUAGAGGAAGGAGAACCUACUCCGACAGACCCUCAGGCCCUGCAGGCGGUGACCACGCGGAGUCGGUCUCCGGCGAUAACCAUUUCACUGCAGUAAGUGAGACCAAUCGCGGAUUCCGACAUAGCUACAAUGCUGUACCCCCGCCACCUCAGUUUGCAGCCGGUCAGCAGUUUCACGGACCCGGUCCGGAGUCCAACCGGACUUCCGCACCUGUUUUCCAGCAGCGUCCGGUGGCCCAGGGCCCGUACAGGCACCCACGGCCCAUGAAUCCUGCUUUUGGUAAUCAUCAUCAGUUCACACCACAGCAGGUGCCUCAACAGUAUAGGCCGAGACCCUCGAGGCCUCCAGACUAUCGAGACUGGGAGUAUGGGAAACGGGGUCUGCCUUCUCAUUCCGGGCGGUUUACUGUUCUCUCGUAUAACAUACUGGCUGACUACUUGGCCAACGAGCACUAUCACAAACUUUACUUUCAUAUUCCCCGCUAUAUCAUGGACUGGAAUUGGCGCAAGAGAAAUAUAUGUUUCGAGCUUGGGUUGUGGUCAGCUGACAUUUUGUGUCUUCAGGAGGUUGAUAGAUUUCAAGACUUCGAGGCAGAACUAAGGAACCGUGGUUAUGCUGGCAUUUGGAAGAUGCGAACUGGUGAUCCUGCUGAUGGUUGUGCUAUAUUUUGGCGUUUUUUAAGAUUCAAGUUGCUGCAUGAAGAAUCCAUUGAAUAUAAUAAGCUUGGCCUUCGGGAUAAUGUUGCCCAGAUAUGCGUGUUUGAGUGUAUUCUUGCUGAACAGUCUCUUAGCGGACAGAAUAAUAUCAACGCAGCACCAACCCUUGGCAGCUCAGCAAGCCCUAACAGAGUUGUUAUUUGCAACAUUCAUGUGCUUUUCAAUCCCAAAAGGGGAGAUGUAAAACUUGGACAGAUUAGGGUGCUUCUAGAGAGGGCGCACGCUGUUUCUAAGCUUUGGGGUGAUGCUCCAAUAGUUAUCUGUGGAGACUUCAACUGCACCCCUAAGAGUCCCUUGUACAAUUUCAUCUCAGAACAAAAGCUGGAUAUUUCAAAGUUGCCUCGUGAUCAGGUCUCUGGGCAGGCUACGGCAGAAAUACGCCCACAGAGGCCUCCUCCUGAUUUUAGGACACAAGUUGCAGACAUUGCUUCCUCUCAAGCUUCUGUAGUUAAUAGUGCAAAUAUAGAGCAAAGGGACUUGCCUAUAGAUGCACAGAAUUCAGCCUCUCCUCAAAAUUCUGCAAAUGCCUCUUCCACGAGGAUGCCAGAAAACUAUUCAAGUGAUAUUAGUAAUACAUCUGACCCUACAUCAACCUCUAACUCGAGUGUGUCUCAACUUUCCCUUGAUCAUACACCAUCAAUUCAAGAAGUAGCAAACGAGUCUCCUGAUAAAAUAUCUCUUGAUUCUCUUGAUCAUGCCCCAUCAAAUCAAGAAGUAGCAAACGAGUCUCCUGAUAAAACAUCUCCUGAUUCUCUUGAUCAUGCCCCAUCAAAUCAAGAAGUAGCAAACGAGUCUCCUGAUAAAACAUCUCCUGAUUCUCUUGAUCAUGCCCCAUCAAAUCAAGAAGUAGCAAACGAGUCUCCUGAUAAAAUAUCUCCUGAUUCUCUUGAUCAUGCCCCAUCAAAUCAGGAAGUUGCAUUGUCUGCUUCAUGCGAACCCACAGGCGCAGAUUUAUUUCUGGACGAGAAACUUGAUCUUUUGUCACUCAAUGAAUUUGCUGAUGGGGCUAUGGAUAAGCCGGGUGAAAAUUGUGAUUCAUUUAUUUCCGAACUACAUGGCCAAUGGGACUCACAUUCUCUUGAAGAUCAGGUUCUCGAUGGCAACCUUCAUGUUGAACAUGAGAUUAUGGCCGAUGUUUGGAAUAGUUCGUCUGCUUAUACAUCGGCUUGGACUCCGGCAGAGAUACAAACUGCGACGGGCAGUGUGGACGAUAUGGUUGUGGAACACCCCUUGAAGUUGAUGAGUGCGUAUGCAGAAGUUGAGCGGUUUAUUUUUCAAUGGCUGAAGANCUCAUCAGGGAUAAGAGAUUCGAGUGGUGAACCUUUCAUCACGAGCCACCAUAGACGUUUCUCAGGCACAGUUGAUUAUAUAUGGCACACAGAAGGGCUGCAAACUCUAAAGAUUCUUGCUCCAAUUCCGAAACAUGUCUUGCAGCAAACUCGGGGAUACCCCACAAAGAAAUGGGGAAGUGAUCACUUAGCACUGGUUUCUGAAUUUGCCUUCACUAAGGAUAGCAUGUCCUCUGAAAAUGCCGGCUAGUAAUGCUUUAAGAGUCUUGCACAAUUCACACAUUGCCAUUUGACAGGCAAGCUGAAUUGGCUUGAUUCUGGGUUGUAUUUAUUGAGGUCAGAAAAUGAGGCAGCAAAGGAAUGUGAGUAUGUGACCACAAUUGCAGUUGGAUAUAUAUAUUUUUUUGUUGACAUGAAUGUGAGAAAAGAAACUCGCAUGUGACUGAUGCCUCGGUAAGGGGGUUGUCGUUUAUCCACCAAGAUAUACAUUAUUCGAUCCAUUUUAAUAUAGUUUGGUUCAGAAAAGCCUAAGAUCUCAUUGUUCUAUUUUAACAAUAAUGUUAAUUGUUUAUGAAUAUAUGUAAUGUCGCCAUUUUGCCA